AAUCCACGGUCUCAACAGUAGCAGACCUUUAAAUCUACAAGUGUACUGUAUUUAUAUCCUACGGCACUGAGCCAGAAACGAGACAAUAUUUGUAUUCUUCACUCAGCACGAUGUCUGCUAUUCAAUAUGCAACGGAAUGCCAUCAAGUGUGGGCUGGUGAAAUGUAUCGGGGCAUCCAUAUUUAUGUGAAUAUUGACACGGGAGGACGGCCAGAGACAUUUCAUUGAAGCUGAUCUCCACAGACAUCGGACACGGAGAUGAUCCCAUUAGCGCUGGCUGCAGCGGCACAUGCUCAGUUAUGCUCGUUGAAGGGGAUCUCAGUAGGCUGUGCGUGAACACUGAGGUCAUCGCCUGCGCCGAGGAAAAAAUACUCAGCCUCCAUUUUGAGUAGUACUAAAUAGAGGAAAGCGUAGUUUUGAGCCGCCGCCGCAGAAAACAAACUGUAAACAUUAGCGAAACAGCUUCUGUCAUGGACGACUUGUUCAGUCCGCGAAGGCAGCUGAACAGCACACAAGGAGAAAUUCGAGUCGGACCAAGUCACCAGGCAAAACUACCUGAGUUGCAGCCUUCACCUGCUCUGGGAACAGAGUCUGUCACCGAUAAUGAGGAGUUGGUUUGGGCACCUGGGGUCAAUGACUGCGACCUCCUCAUGUACCUCCGGGCUGCCAGGAGCAUGGCUGCUUUUGCGGGGAUGUGUGAUGGAGGUUCGACGGAAGAUGGCUGUCUGGCAGCUUCAAGGGAUGAUACCACGUUGAACGCAUUAAAUACGCUCCAUGAGAGUCAAUAUGAUGCGGCUAAAGCUCUGCAGUGCCUGGUGAAGAAACCAGUUCCAAAACUGAUUGAGAAAUGCUGGUCAGAGGACGAAGUGAAACGGUUUAUCAGAGGCCUCCGACAGUACGGCAAAAACUUCUUUAAAAUACGCAAGGAGCUUCUACCUAGUAAGAAAACGGGUGAGCUUAUCACGUUCUAUUACUACUGGAAGAAAACUCCCGAAGCCGUGGGUUCACGACCACAGCGGCAACAAAGGAGGCAACCAGCUUCUCGCAAAGUAAAAACGCGCAACGCAACAGCUGUUGCCAAUGCGACGUCGCGCACCUCCUCCAUGGAACUCAGUUCAGCCAGUGAAGAUGACCUGGACAGUGAGGAUAGUGAGCAGGGGGGCAAAGGUCAAGCCUGCAGUCACUGUCUAACCACUAACUCCAAGGAUUGGCAGUAUGGCGGCAGAGAUAACGUCUUGCUGUGCUCCAGUUGCCACUCGCACUUCAGUAAACAUAGACGCCUGCCGCCCGUUCCCAAACCAGCUGAUCCGCCCUACCUUUUCAAACCUGUGAAAGAGGAGGAAGAGGGGCUCGGCGUCAGACAUGGGAUGAAGACCAGACGAAGCCGGGUGCCGCCACAUAUGUCAUCUCUUCGGAGUGGACGCAACAGGUCAGCCGGAAGCACCGACAGGGGCGUGUCUCCAAAUCUUGAGGAUGUACGCUCGAAUGGUCAGUCGCCCAGAACCAGCUCAACUGCUAUGGCAACCAGGGCAUCCAGCUCUGAUAGCAAAAACGGAGCUGCUGGGAAGACUAACAAGAUCAAAGUGGAGGUUUCUAUAGUAAAGGGUGUGAAGAGACAGCGAGAGUCAACUGCUCCUGAUGCUGAUGAGCCAGAUAGAAAAAACAUGAAACUACCCAAGAGUCAGGAGGGACCCGAUUCUCCAUCGGAAGGCGAGGGUGAAGGCGAGAGCUCAGAUAGCCGAAGCGCCAACGACGAUGGCAGCAGCGACACUAAAGACAUCGAUCAGGACAACCGCAGCUCUUCGCCCAGCCUGGCCAGUCCUCUGCAGGCCAACGAGAGUGACUCUGACUCUCCAGCUCCGCCCUCUGCACCUGUACCGGCCCCAGCAACCCAACCCCAGCAGCCUGCUGCCACACCCACAUCACACACCCCCUCUGAAACACCACCCUCACCUCAGCCCUCUCUACCACCAUCUUCAUCCGCACCAUCACCUGGAGCAUCUCUUGCCACCUCAAAGCCAACAUCAGUUGAAGUUUCCCAGGAGGUUCCAUCACCAAGCGCUUUCAGGACCGGUCCCAGGGUACCCGAACCUCCCACCUCUUUUUCAAGCUCCUCGUCUCAGCAGGUGCAAGCCCAACCUUUCCCUGGGCCACCCCAUUAUCAGCACCAUCCAGGCCAACUGCCGAAUCCAUCAGCUGGAACAAAUCAGCCACUAGGAUUUACUUCCAGGCCUUUACAUCUAGAGAGUCCUCUUCCUCCCAUCCCACCUACAGCAGCUUCUCAAGUCAAACCCCCUCCGACCACACCAAUUCCACCUUCUCACAAGCAACCCCCUCACCUUACCGCUCCUCCAGCCCAUUUCCUGCAGAUCCACCCCAAUUUGCCUCCACCUCCUGCCUUGAAACCUCUUGCUUCUCUGCCCUCACAACACUUGCCGUGCUCCCAGCCUCCUCCGCUGCACGUAAUCCCUCAGAAUAACCCUUCUCAGCCUUCCGUUCUGACUCAGACACAGAACCAGCAGGUCAAAGGUCAUCCCAGUGGCGCUCCAUCGGCUACAGCCAGUUCUCACCCGCCACUCCCCCAAAAUCGGCCUGGCCCAGAGUCCACCGCUCCAUUCGCUCUUUAUCCUCCUUCGGUUCCUGUCCCAUCCCAUCAGCCCUCUGCGGCCUCCUCAACGAGCACUCCUGUUGGACAACCCCAUAUCAAAGAGGAGCCAAUCGAUGAGGAGGAGGAGUGUGAAAGCCCGCCUCCCCCUCGCAGGAGUCCCUCACCAGAGCCGACAGUCGUUGACAUACCCAGCCAUGCAAGUCAGUCAGCAAGAUUUAUCAAACGCCUCAACCGAGGCUACAACUCUUGUGCUCGCACAGACCUGUACUUUACUCCCCUGGCCACCUCAAAACUGGCCAAAAAACGAGAGGAAGCGGUGGAAAGAUCCAGGAGAGAGGCAGAAUUAAGUGCUCGCCAGGGACGUGAGAGAGAAAGAGAGAGGGAACGAGAGAGGGAGAGAGAGAGAGAAAGAGAACGAGAAAGGGAGAGAGACUCUGAUAAAGCCUCACGUGCUUCUAGCUCAUCUCAUGAUAGUCGUAUGAGUGAUCACCUGCUAGCUGCCCAUAUGCAGCCAGGCCGGCCUUCAUUUGAGCCGCCUCCUCCUACGACCGUGGCCGCCGUCCCACCGUAUCUUGGCCCAGACACACCUGCCCUCCGCACACUCAGCGAGUACGCCCGCCCUCACGUCAUGUCACCCAGCAAUCGCAACCAUCCUUUCUUCAUGCCCAUCGGGCCAGGUGAGCACCUGCUAGCCUACCACAUGCCAGGUCUCUACGCUGUAGACCCCGCCCUCCGUGAGCGAGAGCUUCGUGAGCUUAGAGAGCGAGAGAUUCGAGAAAGAAUGAAGCCUGGAUUUGAGGUCAAGCCUCCGGAGCUGGAGAACACACUGCAUCCAUCCGCUAAUCCUAUGGAGCAUUUUGCCCGUCACGGUGCCCUGCCUCUGCCUCACAUGGCUGGACCUCACCCCUUCCAUCAGUUCCACCCAGCCAUGGAGCGCAACGUAGCGGCACCCCCUCGGCCAGAGAUCAGCUACGCCGAGCGUCUGACGGCUGAAAGGCUCCACGCCGAAAGAAUGGCUUCCGUCGCUGCCGGCGACCCUGUUGCACGGUUACAGCUGCUCAAUGUUACGCCGCACCAUCACCAACACUCGCACAUACACUCCCAUCUUCAUCUGCACCAGCAGGAUCCUCUCAACCAAGGCUCAGGGCCUCAUCCUCUGGACCCAUUGGCCGCUGGCCCCCCUCUGGCACGAUUCCCUUACCCGCCUGGUGCCAUUCCCAACCCUCUACUCAGUGAGUUACCCCAUGAGCACGAAAUGCUGCGCCACCCUCUGUUUGGAGCAUCGUUUCCUAGAGACUUACCUGGACCCUUGGGUCCUAUGUCAGCUGCGCAUCAGCUGCAGGCAAUGCAGGCGCAGUCAGCAGAGCUGCAGCGGCUGGCUUUAGAACAGCAGUGGCUACAUGGCCAUGCACACUUGCAUAGUGCUCCUCUCCCGAGCCAAGAAGACUACUACAGUCGUCUGAAGAAAGAGGGAGACAAGCAGUCCUGAAAUGAAUGACUCGUACACUGUGGACUACAGAGAGAAGUCUGUGUUCAGGGUAUCAGGCUUUUUUUUCAGGAAACCCUUCAUGGGUUUAAUUCUUCUUUGGCACUUAUAAAACUUUUUUUAUUGUGCUUUAUGAAAUAAUUAGCCUUUCAGAGCACAAUGAUUUUGCUUUCCUUGCAUGAACACUACUUAGAAAUCGUUUCUGUCCGAAAUGAACAUCCCAUGUAAUGUCGUUGCUGUGCCGAGGGCCGGCACUGUAGAUUUAAUAAGUAUUUGAGAAGUGCUGUCCAAUAUCCAGAGUUUUAUCACAAUUUAGUUUAAAAAGUUUAUUGAAACGUUUGUUUCGAGAUUGUACAUAUUUAUAUGUUUAAAAUAAUAUAUUAACUGUUGAAUUUAAAAGUUGCAAUGAUAGAUUUGGAUACGAAAAACUUCAGAUGACCUGUGUGCAAAAGUGCAUGAUUUCCAUACUGUAUCCUACCCUCAUCAAUAUGAAACUCCACAAUACCUAUCAGUUUUUUAUUAUUUGUUUUUGUUAGUAAUUCAUCCCGAGUAUUACCAUGUUGACUAGUGCUGAUCUGUCCUCUCUGAAUACAAUAUACAGUAGAGAUUGUGUAACCCUGCAGACAAGUUGCUUUACUUCCAUUGUCAUAUGAUUUUAGAAGAUCGAUAUUGUCAUAAUAACAUUGCUACUUGCAACCUUGCGUUCCUAAACCAUCAGGUGUUCCCCAUAUUGAGGGAGGACAUAAAGUAAGCAUUUUUCUGCAAUACCAAUAGACUUCCAAGGGUACCUGUUGUUGGAUAAUUUUAGCAAUAAUGCAAAAAUGGCACUACCAUUUUUAUUUGAAAUGUUAACUUGGUCUGAACAUCUGUACUUGUGCACAGACCACUUAAACAAUCUGCUGCUGAAUAAUGGUUAAAAAUGGUCAUAGUUAAAUUUUAGAUGACACAGAGAAAGACAACAUUUUUUGCAAUACAGCUGUAUUGUUGUGCAUUAAUAUUAAUUGUUAAAAUAACAAUAUAAACCAUGAAACGGGGUGCCACUGUUUGUAAGUGUUCAAAAGGACACAAGUGUUAGCUGUCAACACCAUUAUUAACUUUCCAAAUCUGCCAAAAAGUCUUUUUUUUUCAGAUAAACACUAAAUAUUUGUACUUGCAUUUUAUUAACGUAUAUGGAUUUUUUUAUGAGAAAUAUGUUCUCAUUUUAGUAUCCAUAUCUGUCUGUAUACUUAUCUUUACUUGCACAGUGUUGUCAUCUGCAAUUACUUAUAUAGUUAAAGACUUUUGAUGAAUUAUCAUGAUUACAAACCACUUUAUCAUCAUUAUUAAGUACAUUAUAUGUCAAUUUAUGAAUUAACAUGUCAGACUGACUGUCUUCAACUCUUUUUUUUCAUAUCUUUAACUAUAUAUUUUUUUCUGGGUAUGUUAUUUAUUUCAUGCUGUUUUAUGCACACUUGUUCUUAUUACACUACUCCCCUUGAAGGGAUAGUUUACCCAAAAUGGUUGUUUCAGCUCACUUGGCUUAAAGGCGGAGUCCACGAUGUUUGAAAAACGCAUUGGAAAAGGAGACGGGCCGACUACCAAAACACACUUAUAGCCAAUCAAAUCAAAUCAAAUGCCGGGUUGCGUAUGUGUGGGGCGGGUCUAUCAACAGAAGGUCCAGAUUCUAUUGGGGUAGAGGCGUGUUUGUUUAGGUGAUUUCAAAUAUCAACAUUGGCUUUCAAACAUCAUGGACUCCGCCUUUAAUGUCUUUCACCCAAUGCAGAUUUAAGGCAAAAUUGCCUGCAAUAGUCACCAUUCACAUUCAUUGUAUUGUAAAAGACAUGCAGUGAAGAGUGACUCAAGCUUUCUGUCCCUAAUAAUUUGUUGUCGUGUUCCUUUCUCCAAUGUGACAAUGGACCACACAACCAGUCGUAAGGGUUAAUUUUUUGAAAUUGAGAUUUAUACAUCCUCUGAACGCUGACUAAAUAUGCUUUCCAUUGAUGUAUGGUUUGUUAGGAUAGGACAUUAUUUGGCAUUUGAAAAUAGGGAAUAUGAGGGUGCAAAAAUACGGAGCCCCUAUGGGGACAUGGAGAAAAAAUUAAAUAAAGUUUAGUUUCGCGUGCGCACGUGAAACUCGCCUUUAGAUUCACGUGCGCACGUGAAACUAUCGCGUUUAGAUUCACGUGAGCAUGCGAAAGUUUCACGUGAGCACGCGAAAGUUUCACGUGAGCACGCGAAAGUUUCACGUGAGCAUGCGAAACUAAACUUUUGAUUUUUUUUACUCCAAUGUCACCUUAGGGGCUCUGUACAAAAAAUAAUAUUGAGACAAAUAAAAGUUAUAAUAAACUUUGGAUAUAUUUACUGUAAGAAAUAAAAAAAUUAUUUCAUCAAACAUGAUCUUUACAUAAUAUAUGAUUUUAGGCAUAAAAGAUAAAUUGAUAAUUAUGACCCAUACUAUGUAUUUUUGGCUUUUGCACAAAUAUACUCAUACUUAAUGGUGGUCCAGGGUCACAAAUAAGACAAAUGUUAAUUUUGGGGUGAACUGUCCCUUUAACAACCAGUGUGUGAUAGAAAUAUUUCACAUAUGGCAGUCACACUUCUGGCACUUUCUGAUACCUCCUUAACUUCCAGCUGUAAUUUAUGUGCAAACUAUAUUCUUUAUAAAAUGUGCUAAAAUCUGUUUUUCGACUUGGAAACUAGAUGAUUGUUAAGCUUUGGCAGCAUGUUGAUUUUAAAAGAUACAUUUUAUUUGAUUUUCAUUAAAAAAUGUUCUUUUAUAUGAACACCACAAA